UUGAAAUGUCUCCUUCCUUUAAAAAAUUUUUUUUCUUAUUUUUCACCUCAAUUUUUUUUGUUAUUUCUUUUACCGCUUAUGUAUAUUUGUCGCGCAUUUUGCUACAUGUUUUAUUAUUAUGUUUCUUUUUUUUAUAUUUUUUUUAUUAUUUAAAUUUUGCUGUUAACAAACAAGUACAUCAACCCGUAUCUUUUCUUUUUUUGUCGGUAUAUUUUUUUUUGUUGUACUUUUUUUCUAAUUACUUACCUAAUCGCCACAGGUGUUUAAUAAAUAAUAUAAACAAGAAAAAAAAUUAA